UUUGAAACCCUUAACUCUGGCAUUCUCCAUGUGUGUGUGAUUGUGUUUACUGGAAGGAAACUCAUAGCAUGAGUUCACAGCAGCAUUUUUUCCCCCUUUUCUUUCUUUUUCUCCUCCUUCAAGGCUGUCCUCGGUUUGUCCGUCUGGUUCGGCCUCCUAGACACCACAACUGUGCCACGCACUCCUUCCUCCACAUCCCUCUCUCGCUUUCUCUCUCUCUCCUUCUCUCUUUCUGUGUCCAGUCUUUUAAUCGUGGUCCUCUUUUCUGCUCUCGUGGGGGAGGCUGGAAUAUCUGGUUUCCUGAACAAUGGAAACUCAAUCAGGAAAUGGACCCGAGGUGUCGAAAGAAGGAGAGUUCACUCGCUCGUCUCCUCUCACCCUGAGGCCUGCGGACGCAAAAGAGGACCUGGAGGAGAACAGGCGCAUUGAGAAGUUUGACAUCCCGCUCAGGAGCCUGAAGCAGAUGUUUGAGAAGCCGCCGGCGCAACAUGUGGAAGUGAGUGGUUCACAUUCAUCCACUGAAAGAGUUGCAGACAGCCAUCGAGGUGUUGGGGAAAAAAUGUCGAAUCAGGAUUCAAACUUUGGUGUCUCUGCGGGCGGCGCAGGAGAAACACACGCUGACGGAGAGACUGUUCCUCUCAAACAGAGACUGGCCUUAUACCAAGCUGCCACUACCAAAGAGGAGAGAAGCCCAUCUGUGGUCAUGGACAGCUCUGAGCCGUGCUCUCUGCCAGGUGGACUGGCCAGCGUGAAGAAACAAUUUGAAAGCCAAGAGUUAAGCUCCUCUUCUGCAUCCCAAAGCACUGUUGCACAGUACCACUACCAGCAGAGACAGGUGGUGAGCUCAUCAGAGGUGACAGUACGAAGCAGUGUUAAAGAAAGCAGUACCUCAAAUGCUCAGGUUUCUCUGGACAAGAAUGUUCAACAGAGUGUGGCCUCCAGUUUUGGCGAUCAUUAUGAUGAGAAAGUGAUGGUAAUUGGAGGAGAGAAUUUGCCAAAAGUUUCUACUCAAGCCCUAAAACAGCAGCAUGAAAAAAGUAUUGAGGACGCCACUCCACCCAAACAUAUCAAGAUUGAUCUUGAUUACAACCAGUUUCCCUGGGCCCCAGUAAGUGUUUCCUCAAAGGCUACUGCCACAGGUAGCUAUGAGGCCAUGUCUGUCACCAAAACAAUGCAAGAAGCCUGUACAUCCUCUAUGGCUUCCUCACAAUAUGAAGCUGUUGAGCACUUCUCCCAACCAAUAUCUGCCACACAACAGUUCCAAGAAACUUCCCAAGUCCCAGAACGCUGUCCUUCCCCUAAGCCAACAGACGCAUCUACUUCAUCCAAAUACGCGGUCAAUAAAGAGCAGUACUCUAAGCAGAGGAACCUCUAUGAACUGAAGCGUCUCUAUAAGCACAUUCAUCCAGAAGUGCGUAAAAACCUGGAACGUGACUUCUUUACUGAUGUGACAGACACCGAGCAAACCUAUGUGGACAGUGAUGAGGAGGCAAGCAGAGAUAUUCAGCAAGCACGUUAUGUUUUUGAAAACAGUGGAAGUACCAGCCCUGGCAAGUGCAUCAGCCCAGAGAGAGAGUAUAUGGAAUGGGAUGAGAUCCUAAAAGGUGAGGUGCAAUCAAUGCGCUGGAUGUUUGAGAACAAGCCCCUGGAUUCCAUUAAGGAUGUUACACCAGAUGAGGACGAGGGGAAGAACAUAGCCCAACAAGAAAUCAUUGCUGGAAAAGAUGUGAAAUACACUAUGUGGAUGUUUGAAACACAACCCAUUGAUGCUCUUGGUACAGAAAAAUCAGACUCAGCAGAGCACGGUGGAAAACAUGAGCUUGCAAGGGGAGAUGUCCAGACUGCAACAUGGCUGUUUGAGACACAACCGCUGGACACGCUUAACAGAAUUUACCAAGAGGAUGACCAAGAGACACAGGUCAUGUAUACUAAAGACAUUGCUGGGGGUGAUGUGAAAACUGCUAGAUACUUGUUUGAAACACAGCACCUCGAUGCACUUGGACACACCGAGACUAUUGACGAGAAUCACUUCCUGCAGUUAAAGUCUGAGCUUGAAGAAGUCAAGGGUGAGGUAAAGAAGACGACCAAGAUGUUUGAGACACAGCCCAUGUGUGUCAUUCGCGGUGACUCUGGUGAGAUGCUGGAGAUUACCAAGGUCCGACGUGAAGAAACUGAGAAAGGUGAUGUCAGAACAUCGCGCUGGCUCUUUGAAACUCAACCUCUGGACCUGAUUAGCAAAGAUCCAAGCAAGGUGAAAUUAAUCUGUGGGGUCUCAAUGGAGGAAAAUUCCCAGGGUGGUGUCAACAGAGGAAGGUGGCUCUUUGAGACAAAGACACUUGAUCAAAUUAAAGAAGAGGAAUGGGAAACCACAAAAACUCAAAAGGAAGAGAUCCUAGGUGCAGAUGUGAGAAGACAUUGCAUGAUCUUUGAGACGCAGCCUAUGGAUAAACUUAAAGAUGAUACAAAUGCAAGACCACUGGAGCCAGAGAACAUCAUGGGUGGUGAUGUUACUUCUGCUAGGCAAUUGUUUGAAACGGUGCCAAUGGAAGAUCUGAAAGAGUUACCUGAAGUUGGCAAGCUACAAAAGAUGGUGGCUUCAGAAGAAGAGAAAGGUGAUGUAAGACACCAGAAGUGGGUAUUUGAAAGUAAACCUCUUGAACAGAUCAGAGAGGAGAGCAAAGAGAUCACAAGGACCGUUAAUCUAGAGGACCUUGAAAAGGGUGAUGUUACAAAUUACAAGGAAAGAUUUGAGACCAUGGACCUGAGCAAGUGCUUAGAUGCACAAAAAAUACACAUAGAGGGUGUCACCAGCGGGUCAGUGAAAUCAAAUAAAGUGUUUUUUGAGUCAAAACCCUUGUAUGCUGUGCAAGACAGCUCGGGACACUACCAUGAGGUCAAAACUGUACGCAGAGAGGAGGUUGUGAAAGGUGAUGUGAGAAGCUGCAAGUGGAUGUUUGAAACCCGCCCCAUCGAUCAGUUUGAUGAGAGCAUCACUAAGUUUCAAAUAAUAAAGGGAAUAUCUAAAGAGGAAAUUCAGUCAGGUGAUGUUAAAACAGCCAAAUGGCUGUUUGAAACCCAGCCUCUUGAUGGCAUUAAAUACUUCAAUUUAGAGGAAGAAGACAACAGAAAAAAUGAGAGCAUUGAGAUUCAAAGAGGUGAUGUUAAAACAUGCAGAUGGUUGUUUGAAACACAGCCAAUGGAUGUCCUGUAUGAGAAAAUAGAGACAAAGACAGAAGACACCACAGACAUCCAGAAAGGAGAUGUUAAAACCUGCACAUGGCUUUUUGAAACUCAGACUCUUGACAGUAUAAAGGAUGAGUCUGAGACCAUCUUGAAAACUUCCACAGUAAAGCAAGACGAUGUGCAAGGUAAGGAUGUACGUCUUGUACGUUUCCUAUUUGAGACCGAAAACCUGGAAAACAUCACAGACGACGAGGAUCACAGUGGCUUUAAGCGAAUAACUGAAAUUGACAUUAACUCUGGAGAUGUGUCAAGGAUGAAGUACAUCUUUGAGAAUCAGACAUCUGAUAUCAUGACUUCUACAUCAGAAGAGACCAUGCAAAAACUCAAAUGCCAUCAAACAGAGGACAUUCAGAAAGGAAAUGUUGUGAACUGUACCUGGAUGUUUGAAAACCAAUCCAUUGAUUCAAUCAAGGCAAAUUCUGAAGAUUUCAAAGAGUCACGCACAGUUACAGAUAUUCAGGGAGGUAAUGUUGAUAAAGGUCGCUUCAUUUUUGAGACAUACUCAUUAGAUAAGAUUCAGGAGGAGUCAUCUGAAACUGAGAUCAGCAAACUUCAAAGUAUCAUACACAAAGAGAUUGAAAAGGGGGAUGUAAAAAAUUACACAAUGAUGUUUGAGACCCAGCCCCUAUAUGCUAUCAAGGACAAAGAGGGGCACUAUCAUGAGGUCACUACAGUCACAAAGGAAGAAAUUCUGCGAGGAGAUGUAGUUGGGGCAAGGUGGUUGUUUGAGACAAAGCCCAUUGACUCCAUUAAAGACACAGACGAGGUUUAUGUUAUCAAAGCUGUAACUCAAGAAGAUAUCCAAAAAGGUGAUGUCAGCACGGCUAGGUGGAGGUUUGAAACUCAACCUUUAGAUGAGAUUGCAGAGGAUAUGAAAGUUGCUGUUAAAACUGUAGCAGACAUCCAGGGGGGAGAUGUGAAAACAAACAAACAGCGCUUUGAAACUGAUGACCUAUCAGAGAAAUACGUGAGAACUGUUAGUGUCAGUGAGAUUCAAAGAGGUAACGUGAGAAGCUCCACAUGGAUGUUUGAAACUCGCACCAUUGACAAGAUCAAUGCUGAAGGUUCUGAGUAUGAAGGAAUGGAGAAGGUGAUGCGUGAAGAAGUGGUAAAAGGUGAUGUUAAGCAGUCUGUGUGGCUCUUUGAAAAAGAACCACUUGAUCGUAUCAAGGAUGUCGAUGACACAGAGACUGUAAUUUCCCGGGAGGAAAUCCCAAAAGCUGAUGUGAAGACAACAACAUGGUUGUUUGAAACCACCCCUCUAACAGAGUUUAAUGAGAGCAGCAUGGAAAGAACAGAGAUUGUCGGUAAGAGCAUCAAGACAACCCUAGAAGAGCUAUUUUCUCAGAAAAUGGUUGAUUCACAAGGCAUUCUAAUUGAGGCAGAUGAGAUUGGCGAUGUCAGAAUGGCUAAAUACAAACUCCUCAACCAGGACACUCCAGAAAUCCAAAGAGAGGAGGUUAUACAUGGAGACCUCAACAAUAUUAUGAUGAACCUGCUCAAUAGACGUGAGACAACAGAGAGAGGAAUCACUAUAAAUAUGCAGGAAAGAGGAAAUAUCAACUCAACCGUCCAACAGCUAUUUAAUCAGGAUAAGAGUGGUAAUGUUGAGAAAGAGGAAAUUAUCAGAGGAGAUAUCCAAGAGGCAAUUAAUAACUUGCUUAAGCAAGAAGGGUCUUCCAAACGGGGCAUCCUGAUUCAAGAAGAUGAGAAAGGAGAUGUGAGAAUGACAAUAUACUCACUUCUUAAUAAAGAAACAGAGAGCAGUGUUGAGAAAGAGGAUAUAAUUAGUGGAAAUAUUCGUGGAACGAUGCAUAGGCUACUAGGUAAUACUGAUGCAAAGGACCCAUCUACUAAGAUAACUGUGGCAGAAGCGGAGAGAGGAAAUGUCAGUUUUUAUUCUACCUGUAUUGAGUCUGGGGCAAUGGACUACCUCAAGCAACUUCAGGUGGGGGCUGAUGAAAUUGUUGAGGAAAAAGUGAAAGAACAAAUAAUUGGAGGGGAUGUAGAACAUACAAAACAGAUUCUAAGAAAGAGCCAGCAAAUAAUAGGACGAACUGUUGCUGAAGAUGAUAUUGUACCAGGUGAUGUAAAUAACACAGUCCAGGUGUUUAUGAUGGAACCUGUACUCUCCCUGCAUAACUUGCAGAAAGAGGAGAUAGUAAAGGGAGACUUGAGAGCAGCUCUUGACUCUCUCACGCAAGCUGUUAACCAAUGUGUAGUCAUUGAAAAAGAGGACAUAGUCAAAGGAGAUAUCAACACAACACUUAGGUCUCUCGAGGAGGCUCAAAACCAGUCUAAAGGAAUUGAAAAACCUGAGAUUGUGCCUGGUGACAUUAGGGGUGCAUUAGAAUCUCUUGAAAAAUCGACAUCUGCAAAGACUGAGGUAAUUAUUGAAGAUUUGGUGCCAGGGGAUAUUAAAGGUACUCUGAAAUCCCUGGAGGAGGCAAAGCAGGCAGUAAAAGAGGUUGAGAAGGAGGAAAUAGUUAAAGGUGAUAUUCAGACUGCUUUACUUUGUCUUCAAGAAGCUUCAACUGAAAAGAAGGUUUUUCAGCACCAAGUAAGUGAACAAGGUGAUGUGAAAGGUACAAUUCAGCUCUUACUGGAGCCAACUUCAUCCACCCGUAUGCACAGAAGGCCAAGCACAGAGGGUGAUGUAAAAUCCUCUAUUAAAUCCCUGUAUGAGCAGGAGCAAGUAGAAGUUGAGAAAGAGGAGGUAAUUAAGGGAGACGUUCAGGGAACAAUUAAAUCCCUGAUGAAAAAGAAAGAGCAAUCAAGCUACAAAUCAAAAAUGAACCCUCAUAAGAAAGCUAAAGUUACAAUUAAGAACCCAGUCCCCUCUCAACAAGCAUGCCGUGAGUGCCCAGCUGGACCUAAAGCUGAGGAAAAGCCAACAAAUCCACCUCCAGUGAAAAACAUGCAGCAGAGCAGCACAAAAAAGACAUCAGACAUCAAAUCUUCAGAAAGUCAGACUUCUGAGGAGUAUAGUUCUACUACUAAGCAGAUGAGCACUGCUGCUAAUUUACAAGUGUCUUCUCAAAGCUCACAAAAAAUGAAUGUAAAAGAGCAACAUAUUAAACAAAAGCAGAACACUCCUAGUCCAGUGCUAAUAAAGAAAAAGAAUCUUGGAGGUCAAACAAGUGAGAGGAAAUCUGAAAAUGCAGCUAUGUCUUCAGCAACAAGUGCAUCAGCAUCAGUGGAGGCAUCACAAACUAAUAUUAGCAUGAAAAAAACUGAAGAGACAAAGACAGUCACACAAGUUCAGACUACAAUGACAACAGAGAGCACUACCAUAAGCCAGAAGCAAAACAUCAAGAAUUUAAAAUCAGAAAAAAAUGUUAAGAGCCUUAACCGCAAUCUAAGUCCUAAAGGAAUGAUAAAAAAGACAAAACCACAGCCAGAGAUUCACUUUCCACCACCUCCGAGUUCCCCUCCACCCCCCUCUGAAUCAGAGCUCUCUCUGCCUCCUCCUCCCUCGCCAGUGGCAGAAAGUGAGGUCCAGCCACCCCUCUUACCACGGCCUCCUCUGGCUAUGAGACAGGACAGUGACCUUCCCCCUCCACCUCCCCCACCUCCUAUCAUGGAGACAGACACAGAAUUCUUCCCACCACCUCCUCCACCCCAAGACUUCCUCCCUCCUCCUCCAUCUCAACAGGAACUCAGCUCAGUUGCCCAACCUGCUAAGCCAAAAGGCAGAGCUCUGUUCAAGGUGCCCACACCUGAGCCUCCCAAGCAGCCAAUGCCCAAAACAUUUAAAUGGCAGAAAAAACAAACAUCACCUACUCCACCACCACCUCCUCCUCCAUCAGUUGCUGAGCAGAGUGAAACAAUUGCAUCAGGUACAACCACAUUUACAGAAACUACAGAGAACAUCAGCAAGCAAAAGGAAAUGUUUAAAAAAACCGAGCCUCCAGCUCCCCUUAAUACUAAAACUUCAUCAGCAAUACCUGUGCUUCAAGCAGCAGCUGAGGAACCACCACGCCCCAAAAAAGCAUUUGUUCCACCAAUUAAGCUCCCACCUCCUCCUGACCCUGCUUCUCCAAAACCAAGGCCUUAUGCAAGUAAAUUUAAAACCCCACUCAUGCUUGCAGAGGAGAGAUAUCGCAAACAAAGGGAGGAGGCUGAAAAAAACCAGGGAGAAAGUACUCCCACCUCACCCCCACCUACUAAACUAUUUAAUGACAGAGAAAUAAAGACUGGAGCAGAGUCAAUCACACAGAAACCUGAACAGACCCAAGUUACUAUUGAGACACAGCAAGAAACGCGUAAAGAACCAGAGACAAAGCAAAAGCCAGCCAUGCUACACAAAGAAAUGACAGAAAAACCUGCCCCACCAAAAAGUCCACAGAUUCCUCCAAAGCAAAAAACACCUGCAAAUUUUCAGAUAAGCAAACCUUCAUUUCCCAAAGUUGCUAAAAAACCAACCACAGAAUCCUUUAGUAAUAUAUCCGAUAAAAGGCAGACAUCUACUACUGCUGCUAUAGAAAAGAAAAGUCAUACAGCCUCUGCAGUUCAAUCACUUCCUGUUGCAGAGCAAGCUGAAAGUACAAAAGCUCACGCUGUAAAAGAAGAGAGCAUCCAGGCCACUAAAAGUGUUCAAAAUCAGAUCACUACUUCUGCUCAAGUAGAGGAGAUCAGAAGCGUAGAGGCAUGUGUGGUUCAAGAAGUCAAAAAGGUUCCCCCUCAGUCCACAAAGAUCCCAAAAGUGACCCCAAGCUUCAAGGUUAAAACAUUUAAGGUACCUAAGGUAGAGAAUGUGGAGAAAGAAGAAGAGAAAAAAGACAUAGUUCAAACAGCUAGGACAGAGCAAACAGUCACAGAAACAGGAAAACAUGUCUCUCAAGUGGAUACAGCUCACGAGAGCCUUCAAAAAUCCACCAGUGCUAUGGAAAAAACUGAAGUGAAAGUUGAAAAAAGUGAGGGAAUUACACAAACCAAGAAAGAUGCCAAAUUGGAGGUCCAUCUAAAGAAACAAAAACAAGCUACAGUUAAGCAGCCGCCACCUGUUGCACCGAGACCAUCAGUUGAGAUACAUCAAAUACAGCCAGCAAUAUCUAUAGAGGUGCAUCAAGGACAAGGUCAGACAUCUGUCAUUCAGUCACAUCAUGCCGUGAGAGAGGAGCAUGUUCAGGUCCAUGAAGAAAGGAAGGUCACUCAGAGCACAGUUCAGCAACAGAGCAUCCAACAAAAAAAUAAAUUCCAGAUCAAGAAGCAGAUAAAACCUCCAAUGCGUCCUCCAAGCAGAGAGGAGGCCAUAAAACAGUCAAUACAGAAAGAGGAUCAGACCAAAUCAGAGAGUCUAUCAAUUACAACCGAAAUUUCGUAUGCACAAAAAUGUGAAGAGAUUCAAAUAUUGUUGAGUUGUAUCAACGAGUUUGAAGGAGCCCCUGCAAAAAUGAAUCCAAAAGCGUUAAAGGCAAUACUGAGUAUCAUUCCUGACUGGCUAGUUAGCUCUGAAGAGAAGGAAGAUUUAAGCCAGGUUCAGUACAACAAGCAGAAAAUGACAGAAGUCAUAACCUAUGUAAAGAACCUUGCCAUUGCCAAACUGAAUUUUUUAGAGGGAAACUUCUCUGUUUCAGAGACUGCAAAAAGUGAGUCAACACCAGAAAAGAAAAUAGUAGGUGGAGCCACACAAAAAAUAUCCAAGAUAACUAUUGGCUCAUCAAAAAUUGAGACUCAGAAGAAAGUAGUGGAGGAGAAAAAAACAGAAUGUCAGAGUAAUUCAAGAGUAGCAGAGCUCAAAAUGCCACCCGAGCUAAGAAUGCGGACACCAUCACCAACGUUCAUAUGCAUUGAGUCUGCCAAGAGGACUGACUCCCCUCUUAGAGUAACUCCGUCACCCCCUCCCUCUUACAGGACAGGUGCUACACCAACACCUCCACCUCGGUGGUCUGAAACACCAACACGAAUGUACCUAUCCACACCGUCCCCCACAAUGAGUCGCUCUGAGAAGCUAGCUAAACUAAGAGAUACCACAGCCAAACUCUCACAAGGCAUGACCCCACCACCCAUGCCUUUGCCAGAGUACAUGAUGAAGGUCCAGACAGAUUUGGAGGGGUCGCGCUCAUCCAGUUGUUCAGAGAUAGCCCUUGAGAGUCAUAUGAUGGAAUCAUCCCUCAUAGACGUCACAGAUAUCCAUGGAGACUCCAUGAUGACUGUGAAAGACAAGCGUGAAUUCUUUGAAGAGGCUCAGAAAGCAGACGUCUGUCGUACCUAUUUACGCAAGGAUCCAAUUGACAUCCCAGAGCGUCUUGGACCAGAUACAGAUGAUAAUGAGCCAGAGCUCCCGAGAUCCAUAGAUGCACAUGAGAGAUUGUUAGAGGACUUGCCCAGGGUUGAUCUGUCGAAGCUUGUGAACAAAUUUGAGUCCCCCCAGCCAAAAGUUUACAUUCGGAAGGACCCCAUUGUGAUUAACGAGAGACUUGGAAGUGACACAGAAGAUGCUGAACCUGAGAAGAAGGCAUCCUUGGUGGAGGACAUGCCAAGCUUUGAUAUUAAGGCCCUCAAGAAUGUCUUUGAAAUGGGUGAGCAAGCCCAUCAGUAUCUAAGAGAUGAGAGGAAAAAUCUUGAAAAACAAGAGGAAGCACCUGAAGGAUUCUCUGAGACACAGUCUGUAACGGAGCACUUCUCCUCUGUAGAUGAAUUUGGGAACAGUGUAACAGGCUCAAUGAAUCAAACAACCUCCCACUCUCAGAGUGUGACAACCCGUGGUGAUCCACCCACUUAUGCAGAUGUAGUAAAAGGGGCUGUUCCUGUCCUAGACGUUCCACCAGAGGCCUCUGCUGAAGAGUUACUAAAGAGCUUCCAGCAGACAUGGGCAGAGAGUGAAAACGUCUUUAAAAACCUGGGCUUCACUGUGUCGGAACAACACAGAUCACAGACUGUUUCACGCCAGCACCAGUCUGUUGUCACCGAAAGUACGGGUGCCAGAGUCCGAACUGUGUCAGGUAUGUCGGAAGAGGGUGUAUCCCAUGGAGUCUCUCAUAGCAGACAAGCAAAACUUCCAUAAAACCUGUUUUAGAUGUGCCCACUGCAACAGCCAGCUCAGUCUUGGAACCUAUGCUUCUCUCCAUGGACGAAUGUACUGUAAGCCACAUUAUAAACAACUUUUCAAGUCUAAAGGCAACUAUGAUGAAGGGUUUGGAGAAAGGCCCCACAAAGAACAUUGGAGUACAAAGGAUCAAAACAACAUAUCAGAAACACCCAACACGAAAAGCAAUCCUCGUGUCAGUUUAAAAGUAACUCACAGCCCACAAGAAAAUGACACCAAUGCAACACAGAAUAUUACGGAAGAAAAGAUAAACAUUGAUGAUGAUGUUAAAAAGGCAGCAAAUAAAAUUGCAGUCGUGUGGCCACCCCUUACUGAUUCCCCAAAGAAGUCAUUUGCUGUAGAGGAUGAAAUAAAGAUAGUGAAACCAGUCUGGCCUCCUCAAGUCGAAUCAGAACUCUCAGGUAAAGAGAAUAACGAACCGGAAGUUAAGAGGCAAACUACUAUCGCAAGUACAGAAAAUGGACCCAAGGAAAAUAGUGGUCCUGUGUCACCUAUAAAUAAGCCAGAAAAGUCAUCUACAGAUGCUAAAAUAACUCAAGUGAUGGAAGAGCCAACACCAAAACUUGAAACUGAGGGGGCAAAGGAUGCCAGCGAAACAAGCAAUGCCACUGAGCCGUCCACAGAAAGCCAGCAGACUGUAGAGCAGAAAGAUGAGACAACUCAGGCAACGGAGGCAAAAGAA